AUGCUGGCUCGUAAAGUGGUACUCGGUCCCAUCGACACCGGCAGGGUUUCGCUUCUCGAAGUGCGCGUCCACUGGCAGCCGGUUCGUGCCCUCUUAACCACGAGCGGCUCUCGUAGCUUGGCCUCCUACGCGUUGUCGCAGCUACCACUGCCACCGCAAGGUGUUCGAUUACUUCCUCCUGUUCGUUUCGUGCUUCCGUCCCGAUCACUUUCCGAUCACGAUCACUUCGUGACGAAUCUCGCAAGUGAAGAACUUCAAACAACUCGUUUUGUCGGCAUUGUCACCGAGGUGGGAACGAGAACGAGAUCGAGAGUGGGAAUAUCGAAACGACGGCCAGGAGAACUAGAUGAGAACGAGUUCUUCUAGCUUCCGAGUCGGGACGUCCCGGACGCGGCAACUCGUUUCGCGUUUCGUGGGAUCGUGCGUGGCUACAAACAAACUCGAUUUCGUGGGUAGUUUGCCCGAGGAAACCUGUAUUCUCAUCCAGAUUCGAUUUCCGGUUGGGAACUCGCAGCGACGACGACGACGACGACAACGAUGCGUUUCGAUCGUGACUGGUUCGAAGAAAAGCGUUGCCAAAACCUGUAGCGCGUUCGACCUGUCCGCGGUUGAGUACAUGCGAAAAGGUUACGAAUGGCCCGGUUCCUCGAAACGGUUUUCCGCUUCGUUCACAUCGUCCUCUCUGCUUCUUCUCUCUCUCUCUUUCUCUCUUCUUCUCUCACGUUAGUGCGGUUCGAGAGCGAGAAAUUUUGGAUGGGCCAUCUUCGGUAAUUGACGAUUUAUUUCUUUCUUUUACAACAGAAUUAUAAUAACAAAGAAAAGUUAAACUUGUAAAUAUUGAAGUAAGAUGAGGAUAUUUUAAUGCCAUGGCGUAGGUAUUUAAAAUUUUUAAUGUUUUUAAACGUAAAUAAAUUAUUUUUAUGUUACUUAUUGUAACAAAUAUUCUUAUUGGUAAACCUACCGUCACGUGAGUGAAAUAGCAAUUUUGUCAGUAUCUCAUAAGAAAAUGAGUACAAUUAACAAGGAUAAUAAUGUUUGCUGUAAAAAUAUUACUAGAAUGUACCUCUUCGUAACUAUACAAUUAUAAACUUAGACUACGAAAAUUCUUCUUUCUUUUUCGCUGUGACAGUCACAUGUGCCUGAUCUGUUAUUCAAUUAUUCUAUGCGUCACUGUUUUCGUAUGUUACUUCUACGCUUAUAGCUCUCUGUACAAUACUCUGAUAGAAUUAUUCUAGGUGAUUAAAGCAUAAAAUUUCCAUCAGAUAAAAUAAAAAAAAAAAAAAAAUAGAAGAAGUUUAUAAUAUAAUAAACAACAUAAGCUUACAUUUUACGAAGAGUCAUUUAAACAUUUAAAAAUACACUGUUUCAUAUCUGUAACAAAAAUUAGUUUUAUACAUCUAACAAAAAUUAUAAUUUUUGACCACUUUGAUAGUUCUAGUGUUAAGGACCU